UUCUGCACGUUGUUACGGCUGUAUACAUUCCUCAUAACGCUGCUAUAUGAAAACAUUGGUAUAGCUAGCAUUACACCAAAUAGACAAGUUAUUUCAUGAGUGUUGUGGUUAGUUAUUGCAUCGUGUAGACGUAUUUACACGAUAAAAGACCAGCUAACCGUAGCGAGCUAACAGGCAGGCAGAGCGCUGUGCAGAUGUGUUAGCUUAGCAAACGUUGAGCUAAGUUCUAUUGUUUACAGGUCAUGAAAUUAGUCUCCUAAUAUCAACAUAACAUGGCUGAAUCCAGUGAAGCGACCCAGAAAGAGGUAACAGAGGGGGCAGACGGAGAAUCCAUAGAAGCAGCUGUGGACGCUGGUGCAUCAGCAGAUGUUGGAGACACAGAGCUUGUUCCUGGAUCUUCUAGACUGUCUGAACAUGAGGAAGACAAUAACUUUGUUGCUGCUAAAGAAAUGGAAAGUAAAGAGUUAGGACAUAAAGAAACUGAGGCUGAGGUGGUUCCUCUUCCCGUUUCUGUAUCUCUGCUAAAUCCAUCCCCUUCACACUCAUCUUUCUCUACACAAGAGACAGUCAACACAGUUCUGGUUCACAGUGGUGGGCCAGAUAGCACCUCAGAGUCUGAAAAAGAGGGUACUGAGGUGAAAACUGAGGAAGGAUUUGAGUCAAAUGAAGAAAAUGUGACAGUAAAAGGCAAGAGCUUAGAGGAAAGUCCUGCAGGACCAGAUGUGAGUGAAGAUACAAAUAUGGACACAACUCCCAGUGGCCAAGAGGAGAAAACAAACACUGAUGAAAAGAUGGACUCAGACACUGACACUAAGGAGAACAUUGUCGCACAGGAGGAAAAUGAGUCCCUCAGCUGUAAUCUGAGGGUUUCUACAGCUGAUGAUCUCGAUGAGAUGAUGGACAUUGGUACAGUGGAUGAGGUGGAACAAGAAGCACAGAUGAAAGAGGAGGAACAGAGUAAUUUGUCGGAUGGGGAUAGAAGAAGUUCACCUGCCAUUUCAAAUACAGUCUCUGUGGCAGAGGACGGAAACUCUUUUGAGGAUGAAACUGAUGUGAAACCCACCGUGUUACCACCACCAACAGAAAACGACCAGUCUGAGGACGUCAAAAUGUCUUUGGAUUUGAUGCAGUCCAGCUCGUCUCCAUCGUCAGAAGCCACAGCCAGUACAGUCUCGGUGGCAGAGGACGGAAACUCUUUUGAGGACGAAACUGAUGUGAAACCCACCGUGUUACCACCACCCACAGAAAGCGACCAGUCUGAGGACGUCAAAAUGUCUUUGGAUAUGAUGCAGUCCAGCUCGUCUCCAUCGUCCAAAGCCACAGCCAGUACAGGAAGGGAAAGCUCAUCACCAGCGACCACAGUGAACGGGACGAAAGUAGUAAAGCUAUCAAAACCAAGAUCGGACAAUGAGAGAUCGCAGGCGGCAGCUCAGCCAAUCAAGUCGUCUCCUUCACCACCUUUGGUCAAGGUGAAGGACGAACCCAUUGAUGAAGACUACGAACAAGCUCUCAUAUCCUCCACAUCCACAGCAAAUGUGAAGGAUGAGCCUAAUACUGCGAAGGAGGACUUGAGGAUCGGAUCGGUCUUCUCCGUGACUCCUGCUGCUGAAACACAGACGCUGCCGAUCGUCCACCCGUCGUCUUUGCACAUGUCCUGUUCGCACUGCAAGAAGAACCUGAUGAAAGGACAGACAGCUUUCCAGAGGAAAGGCUCCCCGGCGCUCUUCUGCUCCACUACCUGCCUCACCACGUCGCUCCCCACGGUCAAAGGUGUCAGUAAGAUCUGCUUCAACUGCCAAAAAGUGAUACUUCGGCCUCAGGACGUCAUCCUGGCUCCAGACAGUAAAGGAGCUAUGAAGGAAUUCUGCAGCCAGAACUGUCUGACCUCCUUCAACUACAAGAAAAAUAACUCCAACGUAAAAAAAAUCCCCCCCCCUCAAAAAACAGUUCAACCACAAUCACUCUGCAGCAUGUGCACCAGAUACUGCACUAGCAAACAUGAGGUGAUCUUGAGUGGCGCCGUUCACAAGAUGUGCAGCGACGCCUGCUUUAACCGUUUCCGUACUGUAAACAACCUGUCCAUGGCUGGAUGUGCAAACUGCGGCUCGUACUACCACAACAAACCGCUCUUGCUGAAGAUGGAAGACAGCAACAAAACUCUGUGCAAUGCAGCAUGUCUGAACAAAUACAAGGAGAAAACAAAGACACCUCAGCCGUGUACGAUGUGUCGAACGUCCCGGCCACUGACAGAGAUGGUUGACCACAGAAACCUUGACGACUCGGUGAACCUCUUCUGUAGCAGCAGCUGUGUGAUGGCAUAUAUGGUCCAGACUGUCAGUUCAUCAGGCGCUCGGUUGAAUUGUGAUAACUGUGGAAAAAACACAGUACCAGCCUACCACUUAGCUAUGUCAGAUACUUCCAUCAGGAACUUCUGUACUCUCCAGUGUGUUAUGGCAUUUCAGGAAAAGUUCAAGAAUUCCCAUAAACAGGUGAACAUUUUCACCAAGUUGCCAAUUGGAACCACUCAAAUCCAGUCCAUCAUCCCUAACCAAACCGUGCAAGAAGUCCCCAAAGCACCCGCCGUACUGAACUGCUCCCAGUGUUCCCGCAAAAUCACUUUUAAACCUGAACUCAUCCAGAUCAAGGACAAGAUGGUUUUCGUGUGUAGCGUGGACUGUUCUCAGGAGUUCAAGAAGGUCAACUUUGUGACAAGCCUGUGUGAAUACUGUAAGAUCGAAAAGAUCACCAGAGACACCAAGAAAAUUAACAACAAAGACUGCUACUUCUGCAGCGAUGGCUGUAAGCUGCUCUUUAGACACGACCUGUCAAAAGGCUGGGGGAAACACUGUCACUCCUGCUCCUACUGCCACUCUGUCUCCAAGAAGCUGGUGACGGCACAGUAUGGAGGCGCGACCGAGGAGUUCUGCUCUGAGGAGUGCAGGUCCAAGUACACCAUGCUCUUCUGUCACGUUGCAAAGUGCGACACCUGCGGCUGCAAAGGGAAACUAAAACAGAGUCUUCCUAUGCUGGGAGAAGUCAAACACUUCUGUGACAUGAAAUGCCUGCUUCAGUUCUGCUGUGAUAAGGUGUCGACACAGGGGGAGGUGUUCAAAGGUACAGAAGAGGCCACACCCAUCAUUGCAAAUGUCGUCUCGCUUGCAGGAACUCCAACAGGGAAACCCACUGCUCCCAACAGAACUGCCCAGCAAAGUACUGUCACUGACUUUCAAUCAAAGAACUCUGGACAUAUAAGUAUUCAGACAGAUACAGUGAAGCCUCAUCCUCCCUCUGGCCCCAAAAUUCUGAAGAACAAGGCUCUGCUCUGUAGACCGCUGGUGCAGAACAAGGGGGUCUCCUGUAAAACGCAGACAGUCGACGUCGAGGCACAGACGGAUGACGUCUUGCCUAAAAUCUUGGUCCUGCCUGUCCCAGUGCCAGUUUAUGUUCCUGUACCUAUGAGCAUGUACAGUCAGUGUACCCCUAAACCUGUGGGCCUGCCGUUUCCGCUGCCUGUGCCCAUGUUCCUUCCUGUGACGAUGGACAGCGCCGAGCGCAUCGUGGAAACCAUCCAGGAGAUCAAAGAAAAGAUCCCGUCGGACCCUUUCGAGGCAGAGCUCAUCCUCAUGGCUGAGAUGGUGGCGGAACAAGAAGAAGAGAAGAAUGACAAACAGGAGGAACCAAAAGAGAAAGCGGUGGAGAAAGAGACAGACAGACAAGAAGCACCGGCUCCAGACGACCACGCCAGUAACUACAGCGACGAUUUGGACACAGAUGACUUGGACAGUUUCCUCAACAACUGGGAGGAACCUUCCCCUGAUGCUGGUCUCAGGUCGCCCAGUCGACUGUACGCCCAUGAAAAGCUCAACCCAAUCAUAGACAUUCCUGUGGGCAUGCCCAGUGAGCCUUUCUCCGAGCCCCCACCUCCAGCCCCGCCUCCCAUGGACGUCGAAUCUGACUUUACUGUUGAAACUCUGGAGAAAAUGUCCAGGCUGAGAGAGGAGUCCCAGCGAUCCCCGAGUCCUCCGCCUGCCACUUCACAACGCCGACGACGACAAGUUCAUAGGAAAGCCCGAGAAAAGAAGGGUCGUAAAUCACAACGGUUGACAAAGGCAGCUGAGACGACAUCUCAAAAAGACUCCCCUGACAAAACAGCAGCUGCAGAGAUCCCUAAACUGAAGAGUCAAUAUGGAGUUGACGCCUGGAAGCGAUGGAUCCAGUGGAGGCAAACUCAACCAAACCUGGAGAAGCCACGCUUCGGUUCACGUCCCAUGGAGUUGAAGGAGGAUAUUCUUCGCUGUACAACGGCUGAGCUAAGCUACGGCCUCUGUUGCUUCAUCACUGAGGUGAAACGACCCAACGGAGAGCCUUACUCCCCCGACAGCCUGUUCUACCUCUGCCUCGGCAUCCAACAGCACCUGUUUGAGAACGGUCGUGUGGAGAACAUAUUCAUGGAUCGCUUCUACAACAAGUUUUCCACUGAGUUCACCAAUAUGCUGAGAGGUUUCAAACCCUUAAUCACAGCCAGUGGUUAUAUCCAUUCCCGUGUUGAGGAGGAGUUUCUUUGGGACUGUAAACAGCUGGGGGCGUACUCCCCCAUCGUCCUCCUCAACACCCUGCUCUUCUUCUGCUGCAAGUACUUCGGCUUCACCACGGUGGAGCAGCAUCGCCAGCUGUCCUUCGCACACGUCAUGCGCUGCACCAAAACCAACCAGAACAACACCAAGACCACCUUCCUGCGCUUCUACCCGCCCAUAUCCAUAAACGAAGCAGAGUCAGAUCCUGAAGGUGUUCCGGCAAAGAGGCGUAAGGAAGAGGAGAGUAAAGAGGACAUCCUGGAGAUGAGGGAGAACACAGAGAACCCGCUCCGCUGUCCGGUCAGACUCUAUGAGUUCUACCUCUCCAAGUGCUCGGAGUCGGUCAAGCAGCGCACCAACCUGUUCUACCUUCACCCAGAGCGUUGCUGCGUCCCCAACAGCCCGCUGUGGUUUUCAUCCAGCCCACUGGAUGACAGCACCAUGGAGGCCAUGCUCAUCCGGAUCCUCACAGUUCGAGAGCUGCAUCUCAAGACAAAGAAAGACGAAGGGACGGAGCAGCAGACACCCGAAGACCCUCCAUUUAUACCUGAAGAGGAGGAAGAUGAGGAGUCAGAGUGAUGAAAACAGAAGUGACCUUUUAAUUGGGGAAGCAGCUUGUGGUGUAAAUAUUUGUAGAUGAACCGAAAUGUUCAUUUAAACACAACCCAAUAAACUGAAAUGGACAGAAUAAAUCUCUCACACAUACGUAACUAAAAUGUGCUGAACUGUAAGGAAAGUCAGACUACCUAAACAACAUGUUGAUCAGGAUUUAUAGAUCUUCAAACGCACAGUGUUUGUGUAGCUGGGACUUGAGUAAUGAGAUGCAAGAUUCAGUUCAGCAUUCAGGCUGUUUACUACUGCUCGGUAGGACACAUAGCUGUCCUGUGUUUUGUCUGCUAAAUGGUUGCUUCUCAUGGACAAUGCUACUCUCAUUUCGUUCUGUUUUUGUAAGGCAUGUACCUUUCUUAUUGGGGGAUGGUGGUCCUUGUUUGAAAGAGCUACAAUGAAAAACAAUCUUGAUUUCUGUUGAUGUCAGUAGAGAAAACUUUGACCUCAGAAGACAAACUGAAAAUAAUUUUCUGCUAUGUAGAUGUAAAUGACCAACCGUCAUGUUGAGUGGCAAACCUGCAGUAUAACUUUUUAUUUUUACACAAUUCAUCAGAAAAAAGGCCACAAUUAGUUGUCAGUCUCUCAGUCAAAGAAAAAAUACUCAUGAACAGAAUCAAUAUUUUUUGCACAGAUAUACCCUGAAGGUUAUUGGAAAGUCAGUCUUGGAAAUUUAGGAAAUCAUCUGAACUUCAGCAAACACACAAAAAAAAAAUCACAAAUGGAAAUCACAAAUUUGAUUAUACCAAAGUGUGACAUGAGGGUGGAGCUCUCCUUAUUAAUAACAUGUUUUAAUUGAUGUUCCAGAGGCCUCUCCAACUUGCCAUGGCAAAAUGAGUAGCAGAUGAAUUCGUACAAUAAGCUGUUAAUUCAUAUUUGUGUUUCAUAUUCAUUGGAUAAUCUUACUUUGAGAGGUCUAGUCACUUGAUUGUGAGAUUAAACUGACUUUUUUUGUUAUCGUUGUUAAUGAAAGACUCAAACUGUGCUUUCUAUAUUUUCUCUUCAGUGGACAUAUUUUGAUCAUCAGUGUCCAAUUAAUGGGAUGAAGAAUGUUUGUGUGAAUGUAGCCGAUAAAGCUGAAAACUCAAUUUUAUCCCUUUUCUUGACUGAACACUGAAAUAAACAGUCUGAUGUUGAGGACAUUUUGGACAUGUGUGUCAUCCAAAACAUCUUCUGAGACACUGACUUUUUGCAUAUGACCCUGGUGUUAAGUGUGUAAAAAUAAAAUACUAUCCCUUCAUGUAUACCUUGGUUAUGUUAACCCCCAGUCUUUAGGGUAUCUACCAAUAUGGUUCUCUUGAAUAUUUUCUAUAUUGUAUGUUCUUUUUGAAUAAAAAUAUAAAACAUG